GCUGCGAUCACGGAGGGUGGCCGGCGGUAAUCAGUCCCACGCGCUUCUCCUUUCUUUCACCCGUCCGUGAUUUUCUCCGGUGUUCGGUGCGGAUGGAGGCGACGGUGCUGCAGCCGCAGGACGCGCGCGCGGAGGUGCAGAUGCUCCAAGAGCUCGUGCGGAAACUCGAACGACAGAACGAGCAGCUACGGACGCGCGUGAAUAUCGUGCCGCUCGCGAGUUGCUGCUGCAUCCCGAGUCCAGCACCGAGCCUCGCGUGUCAGUAUGAGCCAUUCCGGUAUUUCCAGCCUUCAGUCACCGAUGAUGAAGAUGAUGAAUAUGAUGAUGAAGAGGCGUGUGAGUCGCGCGCGCUGCUGGAUGAGCUUGAGAUUCUGGACCUGGAGAAGAUCUUCCCGAACAUCAGCGAGUCUGAGGAGACCUGGCUCUACGUGUCUCGCCGGUCUUGUGUGUGGUCUGGUGCGGGUCCGUCUGCUCUUCAGUGGUGUCGACAGGUUCUGGAUCAGCAGCGUACAGACAGACAUGCACUCGGUGUGUGGAGUCUAUGCUCAGGUGAUCUGGAUGAGGAUUCUGGGAUUCUGGGAUUUAAACUGGAGGAUCUCACAGAUGUUCAGGUGAUGGCGCGACUGCAGGAGGAGAGUUUACGUCAGGAUUUUGCCACAACCUCCUCUUCCUCAUCUGUUAAUAACCGGCACAGCAGCAGUUUUUCCUUUCAGUUCGGCCAGCGGAGCGAGUCGCACCUGGAGGAGGAUGAUGAUGAUGAUGAUGAUGAAGAGUACGGUCAGUUGCCACCACCGCAGCCGCGUCUGAGUUGUGCCGGAGCCGUUCAACGUGGUUUACUGCACUCGCACACGUUCAGCAGCAUCAGAGACUGGACACGCCUCUCCUCGUCACCCUCCACUCCUCCGUACACCCCCAUCACACCACAAACCACCCCAACCACCCCAGUGUACUCGCACGAGCACACCGGCCUCCGGAGCAGCUCAGAUAAGUUGAGGAGGAGUAUGCCCAACCUGCUGCGAGCUGCGAGCGUCAGCGGUGUUCCGAUCCCGGCCAAUCAGAUGACUUCAUCUCCGCCCAUCCGCAACAGUCAAAGCUUCGAUUCAUCCGGCGCGCUGACGAGACUGCAGACCGCUAUUCCGUCUCCUGCGCAGCUGCAGAAUCGUGUUCAGAGUGUGGGGAACUUCUCGACACGUCCGACUCUGAAAGCCACCGCUUACGUCAGCCCGACCAUCAAGAGUUCCUCCCUCAUGACAUCAUCAGUCAGUUUACAGUCUCUGUGCGGCAGUAAGACGAGCGGAUCACAGAUACCAGCGCGCAGCGGACUGCCACGACCUGCAUCCUGCAUAGCAACCGUCUCCAACCGCAGCAAACUCAACACACCUGUGCGCAGUUUGCUGACGCCACCAAAGAGUCUGGCGACGCUGAGCGCGCUGCGUGAUGGAAGCUGGCGUGACGGCUGUUACUAGCGGCGGUGAGAUGUGGGUCACUCGAGCGAUGAAGCGGCUGGUAAACUAGACGGGGGUCGGAGCUCCCUGCUGGUCAGGGUCGUUCACAUCACCAAGUGUUCUUGACGAGAGGACUGACGCUAUGUGUGUGUGUGUGUGUGUGUGUGUGUGUGAGAAAUAUAAGAGCUUCCUGUUUAUAUAAGCGCCUUUCAGAGCAGAAAUGAGUUCUGUAUGCAAAAAUAAACGCCGCUUGUUCGUGUGAAUGAAGCUUCAUCACGGAAUCACAGACAUGUGAAAUAACGGCGCCUCAAAGCAUCAUUUAGAGAAUCGAGCGAUUCAUUGAUUCCCAAAACAGGAAUCUCAAAACAUGCUGCUAAACAAAUCGAGCUGAAAGAACUUGUCACGGUUUCUACGAUUGUCUAAAUUCUGAAUAUUAUUCUAAUUCAGUUUUUUGUGAUUUCAAAAGGUUUGAACCAAAUUGUAACAUGUUUUUAACUCUUUCAAUGUGACUCAUUAUGUGAGGUAAACACGGAGACGGUCCGUUUGGAUCCGUUGCUGCACCGUUUGUAAAGAUGUUUUGAUUUAUUAAUGUGGUGUUGCACUUUCACUGUUAAAGUUUUGUUCAUGGUGCACUUAUUUCAACUUAUCUGUUUUCUUUAUUAUGUAAAAACACUUUUAAAAGAGGAUUCAUGUUAUUUAUUGCACAUUAUUUCUGUACAU